AUGGUCUCUAUUGAAAUGCAGCAGCUGGUCUCGGCCUUAAACGACAUUGACAGCAACGGGCAUCUCGAUUUGGUUCUUCGGUUGUAUGAGGAAGAAAGUCCCGCGUAUCAUACAGAGUCUGACCAGAGCGACGAAGAAGCGGAGAGCCCGCCGCCUUAUGACACCGUCCUCGAAGCAAGUCCUGCACCACCAUAUGAAGCGGCCAGUUCGAGUGCGCCAAGCUUGCGGUGCCGAAAGUGCCAUGGUAGAUUCGCAAGCAACGACGCUCUGACCAUGACUUGUCCAUGCCAUAAAGGCUACAUCAUCGGCGAUGGAAGUUAUGAGAAUUCCGGUGUCAGAGGAAGUUGGAGUUGCUGUGGCAGAGUGGAUGGCUCUCCUGGCUGCACUUUCCGCUACCACAAGCUAGGGUCACGUUGGAGUACACAGAAAACCAGGUUAAGCAAACAGCUUAUGAAGUUGGGUCGACUAGUCGCCGUGCGGUAA